AAGGAACGCUUCUUUCAACAGCAGCAACAGUUUGUCAGCCACCUCGGUAGCAACUCGGUAAGCAACCUCGGUAAGCAACCUCGGUAGCUUGCUAUCCAAAAUAGCUGAACCAAUAAACCUCUUUAGACGAUUUAGUUUAUAUUAGCCACUGUUUUAAACCAACUUCUGUCGUCUAGUUAGUUAUCCUAUUUCAUUUCAUAUUUACAGUGUUGUUGUUUUUAGUCAGUUAGCGGGCUGGUUAAAUUAGCAUAGCUAGCUAACAUCUCCGACCAUGAGUUCACUAAGCUACUGUCCUGGUAAAGAAGAGGAGGUCUGCUGGACGGAGAAUGAAGCUCUCAUCAAAGAGGAGGGAGGAGAGGCUGUUACAAUACAAAAAGUAGAUGCUGAGGCUGUUACAGUGAAAGAUGAAGAGAAGGACGUUUCAGUGAAAGAAGAGGAAGACUCGUUCAGAGUGAAAGAGGAGAAGGAAGAGGAGGCUGUUACAAUACAAAAACAAGUAGACAGUGAGGGUGUUACCGUGAAAGAAGAAGAAAAAUACGUUACAGUAAAGGAAGAGGAGUUCAGAGUGAAAGAGGAGGAGGAUGUUACAGUAAAAGAAGAGAAAGAGGAAGUUGCAGUUUUUGGAGUGAAAGAGGAGGAGAUUACUGUCACAUCGAAAAAGGAAGAGGAGGAAACUGGAUAUCUGGGCCCGGUUUCCCAAACUCAUCUUACGGCAUCCAAUGGUUCUAACGAUGAACGUGCCCUGGUUUACACUCGAGAGAGACCGGACUAUCGUGGAUCAUCUGGGGAGCUUCAACAACCUCAUGAUGCUGACGAGGCAGAGAAGAGUCUCUCCAGAUCAGAACACCUCAAGAAACACCAGCAGAGACCCACAGGAAAGAAAUCUCACUGCUGCUCUGACUGUGGGAAAUGUUGCAAAUAUUCAUCAGACCUUAAAAUACACCAGCGAGUACACACAGGAGAGAAAUCUCACCACUGUUCAGAUUGUGGGAAAAGCUUUUCAACAUCACAGAUUUUGAAGCUGCACCAGAGAACACACACAGGAGAGAAACCUCAUAGCUGUGAUCAAUGUGGGAAGAGUUUUACUCAGUCAGGCUCCCUGAAAUCACACCGGAAACUACACACAGGAGAGAAACCGUAUAGCUGUAUUCAAUGUGGGAAGAGUUUUACUACAUCUAGCAAUCUGACUAUACACCAGAGAACACACACAGGAGAGAGAUCAUUUAGUUGUAAUCAAUGUGGGAAGAGUUUUGUUCAGUCUAGCGAUCUGACAGUACACCAGAGAACACACACAGGAGAGAAACCUUUUAGCUGUGAUCAAUGCGGUAAGAGAUUUAUUACAUCUAGCUAUCUGAAUAUACACCACCGGACACACACAGGAGAGAAAUCUUAUAGCUGUGAUCAGUGCGGUAAGAGAUUUAUUACAUCUAGCCAGCUGACUACACACCAUCGAGUACACACAGGAGAGAAAUUUCACCACUGUUCAGGUUGUGGGAAAAGCUUUUCUACAUCACAGACUUUGAAGCUGCACCAGAAUACACACAGGAGAGAAAUCAUAUAGCUGUAAUCAAUGUGGGAAGAGUUUUAAUACAUCUAGCCAUCUGACUACACACAGGAGAGAAGCUUCACCACUGCUCAAAUUGUGGGAAAAGCUUUUCAACAUCAGUCUUUGAAGCUACACCAGAGAACACACACAGGAGAGAAAUCUCAAGCUGUGAUCAAUGUGGAAAGAGUUUUACUCCAUCUAGCAAUCUGACUAUAUGCCAGAGAACACACAGGAGAGAGAUCCUUUAGUUGUAAUCAAUGUGGGAAGAGUUUUGUUCAGUCUAGCGAUCUGACAGUACACCAGAGAACACACACAGGAGAGAAAUCUUAUAACUGUGAUCAAUGUGACAAGAGAUACUCUGAUAAAAGAUCUCUGAACAAACAUCAGAAAAUACAUGAAGGAGUUGUUUCAUGAUAUCAAUUCAAUAAUUUCACAAUGUAGAAUGUGUUUAACAUUGUAGUAGGAUUAUUUUAAGGAAUCUCACAAUGUAGAACCCUAAAUGUUUCCCGCAUUCAAUUGAUUUCAGCAUGAUUUGGAUAUUAGCCUCUGGAAAAAUCCAGGGUCUGAAUUUCACCUGAGCUGCUCCAGUUGUCUUGAUAGAUGUGGAGCGGCAACACCUUUAGUUGCGCUACGUUUUUGGUUUGCUUCCUGUCUUUAAGUUUGGUGUGUUUUUUUUUUUUUGUGUGUUUUUUUUCUCCCAGUUUUUGUUACUAGUCAACAUUCAGAGCCCCUCCUAAAAAACAAGCCUAUAUUUUGGAUUGGAUAUUGCAUCCAAUUCAUAUUUUAAUCAAUGCUCAUUAGACAGUUUUUUAAAUCUUAUGUUUGUGUACUAAAUAUUUGUUUAUUUUCAUAUUUUUUUCCUAUGAAGCCUUUGUGUUGCAUCCAUAUCUGAAAUGUACUGUAUAAAUAAAGCUUGAUUUGAACAUA